CGUUUUGGGGUCAUCACCGAGGUGGACAUCAAAAGGCCGGGGCGCGGGCAGACCAGCACGUAUGGUUUCCUUAAAUUUGAAAACCUGGACAUGGCGCACCGGGCCAAGUUGGCCAUGUCGGGAAAGGUGCUCCUGCGUAACCCCAUCAAGAUCGGGUAUGGUAAAGCCACUCCGACUACCAGGCUCUGGGUGGGUGGCCUUGGGCCCUGGGUGCCCCUCGCUGCCCUGGCCAGGGAGUUUGAUCGGUUUGGCACCAUUCGCACGAUCGAUUACCGCAAAGGGGAUUCGUGGGCCUAUAUCCAGUACGAGAGCUUGGACGCGGCGCAGGCGGCCUGCACCCACAUGCGUGGGCCUCUGCCCUUGCCACCCCCGGCUCAUUACGAGCUCGUGGCGGAGGCGGCUGCUUUUGGGGCUCACCGGGGAGCUCCACCUGAUCCCCUUCGGGGGGCCCGGGACAGGACGCCACCGUUACUCUAUAGAGACCGCGACAGAGACCUUUAUCCUGAGACAGAGUGGGUGCCACCCCCGCCCCCUGUACGGGAUCGGAGUAACCGGGCGGCUGCUUAUGACCCCCUGGAAAGCUUAGAGCGCCGCCGGGAUGGUUGGUCCUUGGAGCGGGACCGAGGGGAGAGGGAGUUGGGCAGUAGUAGUAGGGAUCAGCCUAGGAAACGGAGACUGGCGGAGGAUGGAGGCCGGCAUUUGGACCGCUCUCCGGACAGCGAGCGCUCUUCAAAAAAAAAGGGAGGGAGGGAGCGUUACAGUAGUGACCCCGAGCGCUCGUCCUCUCGUUUGCUCCUCUUGGAGCGCCCCUCGCCCGUCCGGGAGUCGCGCAGGGGCAGCCUGGAGCGGGGUCAGAACGAAAAGCGCGACCGCAAGAACUCGGCCGAACGGGAGCGGAAACAUCGCCUUUCUGCGGCCGCCGCCGCGUACCGAAAGCAAAAGCAGGCUGCUGGGGUGAUCAGCCUCCCAGUGGGGGGUAACAAAGACAAGGAGAACAGCGGGGUCCUGCACGCUUUUCCACCCUGCGAUUUCUCCCAGCAGUUCCUGGACUCCACGGCCAAAGCGCUGGCCAAAUCAGAGGACGACUAUCUGGUCAUGAUCAUUGUCCGUGGGGCGUCCUAA